GGGCGCCUGCGCAAACCAUCCGCCUUGGUGUCUCCCGCCUCGCCUGUGCUCUCCUCGCCUUGCCGGUGCUGUCAGUUCAGCCCACACUACGCUUUGUCUCACCUGACGCGCCAUGCCUCGCCUGCUCGUGGUCUGCCCGCGCCGCCGCGUGGCCCUGCUCUACCUGCAGCGCGGCCGCCGCCUCACCCACUCGGAGCCCUGGCGCCCGCGUCCCGCGUUGCCCGCGGAAAUCACUGUUGGAAUUGUGGUGAUUUUUACGACCUUCUUAACACCGGCUGCGUAUGUGCUGAACAACCUGAGCCAGUUCAGAAGAGAGUAGACGGAAGAUGCUGAAAAACUAUUAAUGUCCAGAAGGCUUCCAGACAAACCUGUGGCUUCUUUCAAUGAGCAAAAGUGCUUAGUUGGGUUAACGAGGCAACCCCUGUGGGUAUUCAGCUUCAUAACCAUAUGUUUAUGGUAAAUUUUCGUACUUUUCCAGUACUAUGCAUUAUAUAGAUGUAUAGUCAAAAAAUGUUCUGCUUGCAUGUUAAAUAAAAUCGAAACACUUACUGAUG